CCCAAAUGUAAAACCCCAGGAAGCGACCUAUAUGACCACCCCUCCUAGUUCUCUCGCCUAAACCCGGGCUCUGCACCCUUCCAGACGUGAUUUAGGUUGUCGGCUGAUGAAAGAAAAGGGGCGGGGCUGGUAGCGUUAGGGGAGGCCUGAGCCGCCAGUACACCCGAGACUGGAUUUUCUGAGCGAAGCCUGUUGUCCACCAUAACCUGCUGCCCCAAGAAGUGACCCGGAAGAGACGGUUCACCGCCAUGGCGCACGAGGCCUUUGGGCCGCCGCUGCGGGAGACUCUGUCCCGCUGGAAACGGGAGCAAGCACAGCUGAAAGCCAGUGUGAUUGACCAUGACACAGAAGCCUGGCAGCAGAAAACAGAUUUUACUGGUCUGUUUCGGGUCGGAGGUGUUGAUAUAUCCUUCAUUAAGGGAGAUGAUGUCAGAGCCUGUGCUUCUCUAGUGGUGCUCAGCUACCCUGAGCUUGAGGUGUUAUAUGAAGAACAUCGGAUGGUUAACUUAACAGCUCCCUACAUAUCUGGUUUCUUGGCAUUUCGAGAAGUCUCCUUCCUGGUAGAUGCUAUUCAGAGGCUACAGAAGAAGAAACCUGAUCUCAUGCCUCAGGUCCUUCUUGUGGAUGGAAAUGGGGUACUCCAUCACCGAGGAUUUGGAGUGGCCUGUCACAUUGGCAUCCUUACAGAUCUUCCUUGCAUUGGGGUAGCCAAGAAACUCCUCCAAGUGGAUGGGCUGAAGAAUAAUGACCUGCACAAAGAAAAGAUUCAGCACCUCAAGACGGGAGGAGAUACUUUUCCUUUAAUGGGUGACUCAGGUAGCAUCUUGGGAAUGGCCUUGAAGAGCCACAACAAAAGCAGCAAGCCUCUGUAUAUCUCUGUGGGUCACAAGGUGAGUCUGGAAACUGCAGUUCAUUUGAUCCAAGCCUGCUGCAGAUAUCGGAUCCCAGAACCCAUUCGCCAGGCAGACAUUCGAUCCCGAGAAUAUAUCCGGAGGACUAUUGAGCUUGCCAACUCACAAGAAGCAGAGAAAGAGAGGGGUCCCCAGAGGCAGAGAGAGAUGCAGAGCCCAACUGUAUCCCCUGCAAGAGUCUUACAAGAGUCUGCAGGAGAGGAGAGACCCUCAGAGAAUCCCUGCCCAGGGCAGAGCUACGAGAUCCUGGGACAGUCCUCUGAGGCCCCGUCCUAGUGAGCCAGAGGUGAAAGGAGAGCGGAGCUGGCGUGGAUGCUGUGAAAAUUCCGGAACUCCGAGUGUGUGUGAUGUGGCCAAGCUAGCUUUUCCUUAGAGGGGAUGGAGGUGGCCCUUGAGCCUGAACUGGAUGAACCGCUGUCAUCUCCUGGGGGGUGAGGGUGGGGGGUUAAGGACAGAGAGCCAGGGCCGGGAAGGAAGCCGUGCACAGCUGCCCUUCCCCUGUGAUGGUGGAAGUAGUAACCCCUUGUGUUACUUUUUAAGCGCUGGGUGACUUCGGUGGACUCAUUUCAUUUUAAUUCUGAACUGGAAGCCCCAGCCUGCCAGCCUCAAACACACACUAACACCAUCCUGCCUGUGGUCACGCAGCCGUAGGAACAGCCAGUCCAUGUGUUCGGCAGAAGACAGAUUUCAAGAAGGCAGAGAGCCAACCUCUCUCUGGAAAACUUGUGAGGCUUUUUCAUUUGGAGACAAGAAAUGGGACUCACUUGUAAAAGAAAAAACUCGAAUAAAAAAAAAGACUUUG